AUGGGUGUUAAAAAUCGAUUCCGGAAGAGCUGGCCCACAGAGAAAUUAAUACUUGCCCUGAGCUUGGAAAUCAACAGUCCCAGGACUGUGUGUGCCCGAGGUUCAGACCCUAACCUCACGGUCGGCUCGCCGCUGUACCUAGGGCCUGAAGCUGGGGACUCACGCUCGAGAGGCUGCACUGGGCCGCCUGACAGUUAUGCCAUCACUUUCCAAAUGCCUAGGAAAGGGGCUCCUGCAAACUGGGCGCGAGACGCUAACCGUAAUCACCUCGCCUGGCCCGGCUGCUCCCAGCACGCCCGCCCGUCGCCGGGCCCCGCGAACUUCCCCAUCAGCCCGCGGGCCGUCUGGGCUGCCGGCUCACCCUCCGGCGGCUGGGAUCCAAGGGCCCUCUCCGCCUUCCGCCCCCCUCCCCGCUGGGCCUCCGGGUCCUCUCCCGCCAGAGGAGUCAGAAAGGCGGGAAGGGGAGCCGCGGCCGGGGUUCAGGCCGUUACCCUCGGUGAGCCGCGGGCUGCCCGGCUCCCUGCUUCUCUCGGCGGCGCCCAUGUCCAGCUCCCGGACGGGAGAGCGCCCUCCUCCAGUUCCUCCGCCUGCUCCUCCUCCUCCUGCACCUCCUCCGCCUCCUCCGCCUCCGCCUCCGCCGCCGCCUCCGCCGGCCGCCCGGACUGCCGGGCUGCUGCGGUCGUCGCGGCCCGGCUCUGCGCAGCCGCUCGGUUCCUUGGCCCCGCGCAGAGGCCCGCUCUCCAGCACCUCCCGCUUGUAGAAAUGGGACGCCGGUCAUCAGAUACUGAAGAAGAAAGCAGAAGCAAGAGAAAAAAGAAACACCGUAGACGGUCAUCUUCAAGUAGUUCUUCAGACAGUAGAACAUACAGCCGAAAGAAAGGUGGAAGGAAGUCAAGGUCAAAGUCAAGGUCUUGGUCCAGAGAUCGUCAGCCUCGCUCACAUUCUUAUGAUAGAAGACGCAGGCAUCGAUCAAGCAGUAGCUCUUCGUAUGGCUCUAGAAGAAAACGAAGUCGAAGCCGUUCAAGGGGGCGAGGGAAAUCCUAUAGAAUUCAGAGGUCUAGGUCAAAAAGCAGAACAAGAAGGUCCAGGUCAAGACCUCGUCCACGUUCCCAUAGUCGAAGCAGCGAAAGGUCCAGUCACAGAAGAACCCGUAGUCGGUCUCGGGACAGAGAACGACGUAAAGGCAGAGAUAAGGAGAAAAAAGAAAAAGAGAAGGAUAAAGGCAAGGACAAGGAAUUGCACAACAUCAAACGGGGGGAAUCUGGAAACAUCAAAGCUGGAUUAGAACAUCUGCCACCAGCUGAGCAGGCCAAAGCUAGACUACAGCUGGUUCUUGAAGCUGCUGGUAAGUGUUGA